CCGCCGUCCCAAACUGGGCGUGGCGCUUCAUUGAUUGACACUCACCUCGACCAAUUAAAUCUCUCCUUUGGCAACGGACGAAAAAGUUCCGGAAGUAGCUUACAGCAGCUGUUAGUGUUUCUGUCAGGAGGUUUUUGGCAAAUGUUUCGGGGAGAUAAAACACAGUUAAAACAGAUUUUUCUAAGUAGAAAUAUGGCUAAAGUACCUAAUCAAUGUGGUACGGCAGUUGGUAAAAACAGUGGAGACAACAGGUCGGUUCAUUCAGACACUGUUAAAGAGGUUCACAACGUGCCUCUGCAGGUGAUCAUCAGACCGUUUCCUCCGGAGUUGGACGAGCAGAAAGUCCAGAGUCUGAUGGAUACCAUUAAGGAGACUGCAGACAUAAGCGUUGUUCCUCCCAUUGAUGUUCUCUGGAUCAAAGGCAGAGAGGGAGGAAAUUACUACUACUCCUUUGGAGGCUGUCACAGGUUUGCUGCCUAUCAGAGGCUCAACAUGCCAACUAUCCCGGCCAAACUCAUAAGAUCAAACAUCACAGACCUGAGGACUUACUUGGGGGCUUCGACGCCUGAUCUGCGAUAACGCUCUAGACUUUUCCUUGUUUUGACUCACUGCAUUGGUGUUGUCCAACGCCAGUCCUUAACUGCCAGUGUCGUGCAUAUUUUAGAGUCCCUGCUUCAACACAAGUGAUUAAAAUAGCUAAAUAAUCUAUUCAGCAUGUCAUGAAGUUCUACUGAUCCCUGGUAAUGAACCACUCAUUUGAUCUAGGGGUUUUGAACCAGAGAAACAUCUAAGACGUGCAGGACACCAGCCCCUAAGAGCUGACUUUGGACACCACUGUACUAUAUGCUCAGAAGGAUCAUAUACUGUGACUGUCGGUUACGGCAGGUUGUUGCAAUGCACAGGAUUUGCCAGCAGAGGGAAAUAACGUUCUGGAUGUAAACACAUUUCUCAUGUCAAAUUGCUGUAUGUUAAAAUAUUUAGUUUAUUAAUCAGAUGCUUCGCAUUAGUUUGAGCUUCUAAAUACCUCUAAAUAAAUGAUUUAAUUUCACAAAAAAUAACUGAAUUCAUUAUAGAUGAUUUGUUUAAUUGAUUUGCUAUUAGAGUUUACAGUUGUGGCAAGUUAUGCUGUGUGGAUGUCGAGGAUCUGUUUACAGCCCAGACCUGGUACUUUUCCUUUUUAUUUACUUUCAUUUGACUUACAAAAUAUAUAGAUAUACAAAAAGAAAAAAAUAUUUAUAGAUAUCUAGUUAUGUUGACAGUGUUUUUUCACCAAAUAUAUGGCUUUGAUAUUUUAUUUUAUUACUCAUGUUGUCUGCUUUGUUUUUGUGCUCUGGAAUGCGAAUAGGGGGGGGGUUAUUAUUAUUAAUUUGGCCAUACAUUGAAAUACCAAUAAUUUUGAUAUUUUAAAAACUAUUUUAUUAGACAGCUGACAUUUUCAGAUGUUCUUCCUGUUUCUUUAUGUGCGGUCAGCUUUGACUGGGAUGUUUUAGAAAGCAGAGGAGAUCAUAGACCAGAUGUUUUGCUGAAUGAGGCAGAUGUUCAGAGAAUAUCUAGAUGACAAAAUGCAUUAUGCAUUAUCCCAUUCUGCCUUGUCAUCAGACUUCUACUGUCUCUAAGAAAGAUUUCAUUCAUCAGAAAUCCUCUUGAGCCAAUGAAGGAUCAUGCAAAAUCUUAACUAAUUCAUGUAAAAUUAAAAUGUGUGUAUUACAGUUCAUACUACCAAUAAUUUCAGUAAAUGCGUAAAGACAAAA